UUCUAAUCCAAUCUCAUUCUUUGAUUCGAUAUUACAUGAACUCAAACUUGGAUAACGGUUCAAUUCUAUAUCUUUCGUGAUUUUCUGUAUUGAUCUUGUUCUGCAACUGUUUAAUCUCAAGUAAUCAAGAAGAUGAAUCAGAAUCAUUCAACUUGAUCCUAUUAUAAAAAAGUAGAAUUGUGUCUAAUUCAGUAAAAAAUAAUGAGAUUAGUCAAAUAUUUGGGGCUGUUGAACCUGGCAACGCAGGAAAAAGGGGUUUCUCAGUUGGGUUUGGUAAAGGGUAAAGUUAAAUUCAAAAAAAGUUUGCAUUUUUAUUUUUCUUUCCUUUUUUUGUAACAAGUAAUGGUAAGUAAAGGUCGUUGUCGUGUAUAAAUGUCUACCCAAUAAUUCAAUGCCGACAAUUAAGUUAUUUCCAUCUAGAAUUGUAUUCAUUAAUUAAUUUUAUUCCUAAAAAAUUGAAGUGGGUCUCUCUACGUACAAUCCAUCUGAGCCUGUGGGGUGGGAUCUAUUGAUCUAUCUAUCCCAAAGGAGGACCAUUUAAAUUCAGAAAAAACAGAUCAAAACAGAGACCAUGGAGCUGAAACAGAGUAUCCCAUUUCUUCUUCUUGUAAUAAUGCUAUUCCGAACUUCAAUGGCCGAUCCACGUACGAAAAUGGUGAGCAUCAUGUGCGGGAAUCAACUAGAGCAUAACAGCACCCAAUUCGUUCCAAACUUCGUGGCAGUAAUGGAAAACAUCAGUGAACAAAUGAGAACCAAGGGCUAUGGUAGUGCAGUGGUCGGGUCAGGACCCGACGCCAACUACGGGUUGGCCCAAUGCUACGGUGACCUUUCACUCCUCGACUGCGUCUUGUGCUACGCCGAAGCUCGUUCGGUUCUUCCACAAUGCUUCCCUUUCAACGGUGGUCGAAUCUACCUCGAUGGUUGCUUCAUGAGAGCUCAAAACUACAGCUUUUUCGACGAGUACAAAGGACCCGAAGACAAAACCGUUUGUGGGAACAAGACCCGGAAAGGAUCCGGGUUCGGGGCUUCGGUUAGGCAAGCGUUGAGCUUGGUGGUUUCCGGGGCUCCGACUAAUAAAGGGUAUGCAAAAGCCCAAAUGGGGUCGACGGCGAAUGAUUCGGCUUAUGUUAUGGCCGAUUGUUGGAGGAAUUUGGAUGAGAAAUCUUGCAGGGCUUGUUUGGAAAAUGCUUCUAAGAGUAUAAGGAGUUGCUUGCCUUGGUCGGAGGGUCGGGCUUUGAACACGGGUUGUUUUUUGAGAUAUGAUGAUAAAGAAUUUCUUAAUAAAGAAGGUGGAAGUGGUGGGAAUUCAAGAGGAACUAGAGUUGUGAUCAUAGUUUCGGUUGUGAGUUCUGUUGUGGUUUUGGUAGUUGCAGUGGCUGUUGGACAUCAUAUAUGGAGGAAUAGAUAUAUACAAAAGAAACGAAAAGGCUCAAACGAGGCUAACAAGUUAGUGAGAACGUUGAAUGAUAGUAGCUUAAAUUUCAAGUAUUCUACAUUGGAGAAGGCUACUGAAUCAUUUGAUGACAAUAACAAGCUUGGACAAGGAGGUUUUGGAUCAGUUUAUAAGGGAGUUUUACCUGAUGGAAGAGAGAUUGCUGUAAAGAGACUUUUCUUUAACAACAGACAUAGAGCAGGAGAUUUCUACAAUGAAGUCAACAUAAUAAGCACUGUGGAGCACAAGAACUUGGUCAGGUUAUUGGGUUGCAGUUGUUCUGGUCCUGAAAGCCUUCUGGUGUAUGAGUUUUUGCCUAACAAGAGUCUCGACCGGUUUAUCUUCGAUCAAACUAGAGGCAAAGGACUGCAUUGGGAGAAGAGAUAUGAGAUCAUUGUUGGGACUGCAGAGGGUUUAGUUUAUCUUCAUGAGAACAACAACAUUAGGAUCAUUCACAGGGACAUCAAAUCCAGUAAUAUUCUCUUAGAUUCCAGGCUUCGUGCUAAGAUUGCUGAUUUCGGGUUAGCCAGAUCGUUCCAAGAAGACAAGAGCCACAUUAGUACCGCCAUUGCAGGAACAUUAGGAUAUAUGGCUCCAGAGUACCUAGCUCAUGGCCAAUUAACAGAAAAAGUUGACGUUUAUAGCUUUGGAGUGCUUGUGUUAGAAAUUGUGACUGGUAGACAGAACAACAGGAGCAAAAGUGCAGAAUACUCAGACAGCUUAGUCACACUUACAUGGAAGCAUUUCCAAUCUGGGAGAGUUGAGGACCUUUAUGAUCCCAACCUGAUGUUACAUAACUAUAGAGACAAUCAGGCAAUGAAAAACCAAAUAUGUAGAGUGGUUCAUGUUGGACUUCUGUGUACCCAAGAGAGUGCCUCAUUGAGACCAACAAUGUCAAAGGCACUGCGGAUGCUAACCAAUAAGGAGGAGCAUCUUCCUCCUCCCACCACUCCACCUUUCGUCGAUGAAAAGACGAUGGAACUCAAUGACAAGUACGAGGACCCGUCUUACCCUCUCAAUGCGGACGAUGAUGGCUCUAUUGCUGAUGUUACUCAUAGUUCUUUCUAUCCGAGAUAAUGGCAUGUGCUCAAAGACAGAACUCUUCUCUUUGGUGAGUCCUGAUUCCCAAGAUUUCAACCUGUUCUCACUUCAGACUAGUACAAAGAUUUUGCUAACCAUCUUUUGAUGGGAAUUUUUUUGAAAAUGAAGUGAAAAAGGGCAAUUAUAGAUUUGUACAUAUAUGAGCGUAGAUGAACCACAUUUCAUGUUUUUGAAUAGAUUUGAGGAAGUAGAUGGACUGUGAAAGUGUAAAAUUUGUAAAGAUUUUGGGUUACUCCAUUACGGUUGUAUUGUCUAGUGAGUUCACAAACAAUAAGAAGUUUCAAUUUUUCAACCAGUACACAAAAGAAUAAGAUGCAUAUAACAAAUAAAA